ACUGAGAUUUUUUUUUGUUGUGGCUAUGGCCGUCUCUGUACAGGGCUCAGCGCUAGGACAAUUGCGUCUUGGGAGCGCAAUUGUGACACCAAAAGGAUCAAAACUUUGCUUCACUUCAUUGCGUAAAUUUUCUCCAAAGGCCGCGCUUGCUGAGAAACCAGCACCAACAAAGACUGGAUCUUGGUCGUGGAGGCACAACAAUUCCUCCUUGAAAAUCAAUUUUGUCGAGCAAUCCAGUGUUGGAGACAAAUGCCUGCUACUACUUCCAACUGUGUCGGACGUGAGCACCACGGAAGAAUGGAAAGCCGUGUCUCAAGAUAUCGUCACAAAGGACAGUUCGUGGAGGUCUGUGAUUGUGGAUUGGCCGGGAUUUGGCCUCUCGGACAGGCCAGCGAUAGACUACACUGCUGAUACCUUGGAAAAGUUCCUCGUAGACUUUGUCAUGGCUCAAGAUGGACCUCUUGGAAGCACAACAGCUCCAGUGAUUGCCGGAGGUGGUCAUGCUGCAACCAUUGCCGCAAAGGCCAUCGCCGGAGGAAAGAUAAAUGCCCGAGCUUUGGUUGCGGUAGCUCCAACAUGGGCCGGACCUUUGCCAAUUGUUUUCGGACAAAGUCCCGAUGCCGUAUCCAAGUAUGGAUUCCUUCGAGGAGCUUUGCGAGCUCCUGCCGUGGGCUGGGCUCUUUACAACGCACUCGUGAGCAGCCGGAGCAACAUACGAAAACAGUACGAAAGUCACGUCUACUCAGAGUCGAGCAACGUGACUGACGCCAUCGUCGAUAGCCGCCUCGCUCUCACCAAGCUCCCGGGAGCUCGCUACGCUCCUGCGGCCUUUCUCACUGGCCUGCUUGAUCCAGUGAAGAGCCGGGAAGAAUUUGUGGAGCUGUUUGGCGCUCUGGACGGGAAAGUCCCAGCGUUGGUCAUGGUUUCCACGGCCAGUCCGAGGCGCUCCAGAGCCGAGAUGGAAGCUCUCCGGGAUGCCAAGGGUGUGGCCAAGCUUGUGGAAAUUCCAGGAGCUCUCUUGGCACACGAGGAGUUCCCUGGACGAGUUGCUAGUGAGCUCUAUGAAUUCCUCUCAAAUCUAUGAAUUGGAAGUUUGGCCCAUAAAGUUUCUCUCAUAUCAUGUGUCAAACAAAGAGUUCCUCGCUAAUCUAUGAAUGAAAGUUUCCUCUUUGAUAGUU